UUUGCGAAUAUCGAUUUCGAUUUGUUAGUCGUUUUCGCGCGACCGCUCUUACAGAGUGUUCACGCUGAAACACAUUGCACGGACGCUACGUUUUCUAUUUGCUUAGCUGUCCUCAAAUAAUUCCUCGUUACGCACUUUAUUUACGAAAUUUGGCGUUUUCUAGUUGCAGAAAGAAAUUUACUGCGCGUGUAAUGCCUUAUGCUCGUGUAUUCACCGUUUGCACCCCAAAACUUUCGCUCAUCGCUGACUCCGGUGAAGAAUGUUUACUCGAGCUGUUUUAAGCGCAUUUACUUCAGUAAUGUUUACACAGGUGUUUAGUUUAGAAUAAGGAAAAGAGAAAUAUAUAGACAACAGAAUAAGGAAACAACCAGUAAACCGACACCACAAUCAUGUACAACGGUAUUGGGCUGCAGACCCCUCGGGGCAGUGGGACCAACGGCUACGUGCAGCGCAACCUCUGCUUUGUGAACCGACUGAAGGACAAGGUGAACUACAAGACCGAGGAGGACAUCAAACAGCUUGAUGCAUUGAUGAACCGUAAAGCUAAUCAGGAAAUCUUGGACCACGAGCGCAAACGCAAGCUUGAGAUCAGGUGUCUCGAGUUGCAAGAAGAAAUGGAAGAACAAGGAUACACCGAGGCGGAGAUUGAAACGAAGGUGGAAGAAUUCAGACAGGCACUGCUGGAACAAGCUGAUGUCCUUGAUAUGGGUGUCCCGCGAGACGCAUCGGGGCGGCCAAUCGUGAAAGAGACACACCAGAUGGCAGAAGCCAACCAAGAGAAGAAUGCUAAGCUCAAAGAAGCUCUUGGUAUUGGACCAUUCUUUGUGGAAGGAAGUUCGCUGGAUCCUGAUCGUAAGGCUAAGGAAGCACAGGCUGCUUCCGAGGCUCAAAAGCAAUACAGCAUAAUUCUCGACCCUGAGAGUUCCCCCGAAUCCGAGCCCAAACCUGCGAAGAAGAAAGCCAAGGAGAAGGAUCAGGAAAUCGCCGACCAAAGGAGUCCCUCGCCGGAGCAAUCAAAGAAGAAGAAGUCUACUUCUUCAGCUAGGAAGCACAAGCACGACAGGUCUGAAUCCCCAGAAGCAAGGCACAAGAAGAGCAGCAAGACGAAGAAAAAGCACCAGGAAAAGGAGAAGAGAAAAGGCCGCAAGAGCAGCGCCUCUCCUGAUGCAAAGCACAGGCACAAGAAAGGACGCACACCUUCGGCGUCGAGCAGCAGCUCAGGUGAUUCGUCGUCUUCGGACAACGAGAGCGAGUCAGACGCUAGCAGGAGCAGCUCUAGCUCAUCAGAUGACAGCAGUCUCGACAGAAGUCGGAAGCACGACAGGAAGAGGAGGUCCACAGGGCGCUCCUCGAAGCGGGCGUCGGAGAGUAAAAAAUCCCGCAGAAACGUGUCUGCCACUCCCCCCGCGGAGUCCAACCGGAGGAAAUCUCGCAGGGAGCACCACCAUAGUGAAAGGAAGUCCAGGAGUGAGGACGAAGAAAAUGAGAACGAAGACAGGCACCAGCGCAGAAGACACAAGAAGAAGAGCUCAUCGUCGCUGGCGGUGACAUCCCGCGGUGACAAAAAGAAACUUACCUCCUCCCAGAGAAAUGGCGGAGAGGGGGACACGCGGAGGCGCCGAGCGCGCAGCUCGAGCGAGGAAGAAGUGCGACCAACCUCGUCUAAGAAAAAAAGGGCCUCGCGGAGAGCGCAGCAGCACCGGCGCCACCACACCAGUGAUUCGGAGGAAGAAGACAGUGAAGAAGAGAGAAAGCAGAAGAAGCGAAAGAAGGAUAAAAAAGAAAGGAAGAAGCGAAGGAAGGCAAAGUCUUCGUCCGAGUCUUCUUCCUCUGGUGAGGAUGAAUCUGACUCGAGUGCAUCUGAAGAGGACUCGAGUUCAGAAGAUGAAUCUGACAGAGAGAGGUCUAAAAAGAAGAGAAGUAGGAAACAGACAUCUACCAGCGCUUCCAAGCAAAGUAAAGGUAACGAGAGAAAACGGAAACAUGAGAGGAAUGACUCGGAGCAAGCGAGUAGGAAAGCAGCCAAGAAACGGCGACACGACUCCAGCGAUGAAGAGGAAGACCGUGACAGGGUUGGUGAGCCUGCUGAUCGACAUCCACCUGCAGGGCGCUGGGAAUCUGACAGCAAGGUUUCAGAACGGUUUAAGAAAGACAAAAGGGAAGAAGUUUCUUCCGCAGUUGAGCUGGCCCCUAGGAAGGAAAAAGUGGGCAGCCCAGCUUCUUCAUCAGCCAGUAAAGAAAAAUAUGUCAGCAGUAAAAAAUCCAAGCCACAGGAGGUCUCUCACUCAAAGAAACAGCAAAACGGCCACUACGGUUCGAGAUCGCCAUCAUCAGACAAGUCCGAGGGUGGACGAUCACGCUCAAGAUCAAGAUCAAAGUCUGCCGGAUCACCUAGGGACAACAGGCAUAAGGCUGGGUCCAACCAGUGGAGCCCAGCGCCAUCUCCUGGGCGCCGACGUCGUGACCCCUCGAGAUCACACAGUCGUAGCAGGUCCCCAGCUCGAUCUCCGGGGACAAGGUUCCGUUCGCGAUCUCCCUCCUAUUCUUCCUAUCACAGGCCUCAUAGCACAGACAGGCGACGUUCCCCUUCUAGUCAUGGCAGCCAUUCUCACAGCCGGUCAUUCAGUCGCAGCUACUCAAAAUGCAGCCGAAGCUCCAGGUCCACCUCGAGAUCGUACUCUUCACGCUCGAGGUCGUACGCUCGUAGCCCUUCUAUUCCUCGCCGCAAAGGCUCUCCCAGCUUUCUAGAUAAGAGGCGCAUCACCAGGGCUCCUGACGCUAAGAUUCGAUACAGCAGCAGUCGAAGCCGAAGUGGCUCAUACCACCGUCACAGCCGCCAUCACAGGCGAUAGGCAAUAGCUUGGGCUUUGUUUUGUUUGCAUUUUCUUUGGGUCCUUUUAACUUCACGUGCACACAUGAUGACAUGACAAGCAGAGACAGGGGAAAUGUCUCUACAGCAGCAAAGCCAGUGGGAGAAAUGUACAUUUAAAUGGAGGAAGUGCCUUUUUGCAAUGCAUUUUGGAAAAGGCUCCAAAGCAUGCAUACAAAUCAUUACUUGGGUUUUACGCGCAAGACCAGUAUUAAAGGUGUCCUUUUUCUCAUCUGUUUCAUUUUGGUCUUCUCAUGGACUGGCGUAAGCGUCCGGCAUUGCCCAAUGGAAACUCAUUUACUGGAAAAAAAAUGCUGAAUAAAAAGGGGUUCAUGUGA